AAAGAACCACCAAAUCAAAUUCCAAUCAUAGUUGGGGCUGUAGUAGGAGUGCUUGUCGUCCUGGCCAUCAUUGCUGCCAUUGUCUUCUGGUACAGGAGGAGAAAGAAGGACCUUCCUGCCGCCAAUGGAACAGUUGGCCGAGAAAACCGUGCCUUUGCUAUGGAAGAGUACAGCAACAACCAGCCUAAGGUUCCCAGGGUUCUGAACAAGCCUGUGAAGCUGACAGACUUUGUAAAGUACCAUACAGACAUGAGCAAGGACUCGGAGUACCAGUAUUCAGAGGAAUAUGAGAAACUGAAGCACGUUGGCACUGAGCAGGCUCGUAACGCAGCCUCCCUGCCUGAGAAUGUGGGCAAGAACCGCUACACCAACAUCCUGCCAUAUGACAACACGAGGACCAAGCUUGCUGCUAUUGAUGAUGUGGAAGGAUCUGACUACAUCAACGCCUGCUACAUGCCUGGCUACAGCUCCAAGCGGGAGUUCAUCGCCUCCCAGGGACCACUGCCGGGAACCAAGGAUGAUUUCUGGCGGAUGGUUUGGGAGCAGAACACGUCAAUCAUUGUCAUGGUGACGCAGUGUGUGGAGAAAGGACGGGUGAAGUGUGACCACUACUGGCCGUACGACAACGAGCCAGUCUACUACGGUGACAUCAUCGUUCACAUGGUGAGCGAGUCAGUCCUGCCGGAGUGGACAGUCAGGAACUUCACUCUGCAACAUGGCAAUGAGACCAGAAAUGUUCGUCACCUGAACUUCACGGUGUGGCCGGACCACGGGGUUCCUGACUCGACCAUCUCGCUCCUGAAGUUUGUGCGGACUGUUCGGGGCCUGGUCCCACAGGACAACAAGAACCCUGUUAUUGUCCACUGCAGCGCCGGUGUGGGCAGAACCGGAACCUUCAUCGCGCUGGACCGGCUCCUCCAGGACAUCGAGGACGGCCACGACUCCGUGGACAUCUUCGGCAUCGUGUCGGAGAUGAGGAAACACAGGGUCUUCAUGGUGCAGACUGAGGCGCAGUACAUCUUCAUCCACCAGGCUGUGUCUGACGUCCUGCAGGGCAAGGAUCGGGAGCCAGAGGGCGCCACUGCAGCACCAGAGGAACCUCUGUACGAAAAUGUCAACAUGGGCAAGCUGGCUCCUGAGAGCGAAGAAGCUGCUCCAGUGCUGUAUGUGUAAUACCAGUUUCUGACACCGAGAUGUGAGCCGUAUGUCCCAACAGUAAAACCAGCAACACAGCCUGGACAUCAUUUUCAAGCAAGAACAGUGGGAACAUUUUCAGAGAAUGUGAAGACAAUCAUGAAGAAUGUUGGCAACACCUCGGGGAUGGAUCCAUUUCUAGUUGGGAGUGUAUGCCGCUUGAAGAAAUGAAUACCACAGAAACAUGAUCAAGCCACUGAAGUAUAUUUAAGAUUAGAUAAUCCAAACUAUAAAGCUGUGCCUUAUGAGAUAAAAAGGAAUCACUAGGACGUGUAUUUUUAUUCUAGAAUCUUCUCCUUAUUCUAUAUGUAUAUCAGAAUCUUUAAGAUGUUUCCUAUGCAAUUAGUAAACUCUCAGUCUUUAAAUAGUACAUGGGAGGGACCAAGUUCUGAAACCGCACAGUAGUAGAGGUAGUUAUUGUACGCAUUGUCGUUAAGGCCGUACAAAUUUAGUUGG